AUGAUGAAGACGGAGCCACGGGGGCCUGGGGGUCCCCUCCGGAGCGCCUCCCCGCACCGCAGCGCCUACGAGGCGGGCAUCCAGGCUCUGAAACCGCCCGACGCGCCCGGGCCCGACGAGGCACCCAAGGCAGCCCACCACAAGAAAUAUGGCUCCAACGUCCAUCGCAUCAAAAGUAUGUUCCUGCAGAUGGGCACGACGGCAGGCGCGCCGGGCGAUGCGGGCGGCGGCGCGGGCCCCACCGAGGCCCUGCGGGCGCCCGAGCGCGGCGUGCGAUUGUCGCUGCCUCGGGCCAGCAGCCUGAACGAGAACGUGGACCAUAGCGCCCUGUUGAAGCUGGGCACCAGCGUAUCGGAGCGCGUGAGCCGCUUCGACUCCAAGCCCGCGCCCUCCGCGCAGCCCGCGCCGCCGCCGCACCCACCGUCCCGGCUGCAGGAGACGCGGAAGCUGUUCGAACGGAGCGUCCCCGCGGCCGCGGGCGGCGACAAGGAGGCCGCGGCGCGGCGGCUGCUGAGGCAGGAGCGCGCCGGCCUGCAGGACCGGAAGCUGGACGUCGUGGUGCGCUUCAACGGCAGCACCGAGGCGCUGGACAAGCUGGAUGCCGACGCCGUGUCCCCGACGGUCAGUCAGCUAAGCGCCGUCUUUGAGAAGGCCGACUCGAGGACCGGCCUCCACCGCGGGCCCGGGCUGCCCAGGGCCGCGGCCGCCGGGAUUCCCCAGGUCAACUCGAAGCUGGUCAGUAAGCGGUCCCGGGUGUUUCAGCCGCCCCCGCCGCCGCCUGCCCCGUCGGGGGAUGCCCCAGCCGAGAAGGAGCGCGGCCCCGGAGGGCAACAGCCCCCGCAGCACCGAGUGGCCCCCGCCCGGCCGCCCCCCAAGCCCCGGGAGGUGCGCAAGAUUAAACCGGUGGAGGUGGAGGAGAGCGGGGAGUCGGAGGCCGAGGCAGCGCCCACAGACGUGAUCCAGGCGGAGGUGACAGUCCACGCGGCCCUGGAGAAUGGCAGCGCCUUGGCAACCACCGCUAGCCCGGCGCCUGAGGAGCAGAAGGCUCAGGCGGCUCCGGAGGAGGAGGCGGCGACCGUGGCGGUGCCUGAAAAGGGGGUGGGCAAUGGCCGGGCCCCGGACGUGGCCCCCGAGGACGUAGACGAGUCCAAAAAGGAGGACUUCUCGGAGGCGGACUUGGUGGACGUGAGCGCCUACAGUGGGCUGGGGGAGGACUCUGGGGGCAGUGCCCUGGAGGAGGACGACGAAGAAGAGGAGGAGGGGGAGCCCCCCUACGAGCCCGAGUCGGGGUGCGUGGAGAUCCCAGGGCUCUCGGAAGAAGAAGACCCGGCCCCGAGCCGAAAGAUCCAUUUCAGCACAGCGCCCAUCCAAGUGUUCAGCACCUAUUCCAACGAGGACUACGAUCGUCGCAACGAGGACGUGGAUCCCAUGGCAGCCUCUGCUGAGUACGAGCUGGAGAAGCGGGUGGAGAGGUUGGAGCUGUUCCCUGUGGAGCUGGAGAAGGACUCCGAGGGCCUGGGCAUCAGCAUCAUUGGCAUGGGGGCCGGGGCGGACAUGGGCCUUGAGAAGCUGGGCAUCUUCGUCAAGACCGUGACUGAGGGCGGUGCGGCCCACCGGGACGGCAGGAUCCAGGUGAACGAUCUCCUGGUGGAGGUGGAUGGAACGAGUCUGGUGGGAGUGACCCAGAGCUUUGCAGCCUCCGUGCUCCGGAAUACCAAGGGCCGCGUGCGGUUUAUGAUUGGCCGGGAGCGGCCCGGUGAACAGAGUGAGGUGGCCCAGCUAAUACAGCAGACCCUGGAGCAGGAGCGAUGGCAGCGGGAGAUGAUGGAGCAGAGAUACGCCCAGUACGGCGAGGACGAUGAGGAGACGGGAGAGUAUGCCACCGACGAGGACGAGGAGCUGAGCCCCACGUUCCCAGGGGGCGAGAUGGCCAUCGAGGUGUUCGAGCUGGCAGAGAAUGAGGAUGCCCUGUCCCCUGUGGACAUGGAGCCCGAGAAGCUGGUGCACAAGUUCAAGGAGCUCCAGAUUAAGCAUGCUGUGACUGAGGCAGAGAUCCAGCAGCUGAAGAGAAAGCUGCAGAGCCUGGAGCAGGAGAAGGGGCGGUGGCGGGUGGAGAAGGCCCAGCUGGAGCAGAGCGUGGAGGAGAACAAGGAGCGCAUGGAAAAGCUGGAGGGUUACUGGGGUGAGGCCCAGAGCCUGUGCCAGGCUGUGGACGAGCACCUGCGGGAGACCCAGGCCCAGUACCAGGCCUUGGAGCGCAAAUACAGCAAGGCCAAGCGCCUCAUCAAAGACUACCAGCAGAAGGAGAUUGAAUUUCUGAAAAAGGAGACAGCACAGCGCCGGGUUCUGGAGGAGUCAGAGCUGGCGAGGAAGGAGGAGAUGGACAAGCUCCUGGACAAGAUCUCAGAACUGGAAGGAAACCUGCAAACACUGAGGAAUUCCAAUUCUACUUAA